CUUCUACGCAAAUUGCGUUACGGUCACUAGCGAGGCUUUUCAGCUGGUUAGCCAAACAUCCACAGAAAAAGAGAUGAGCAGGAAAACGACACGAAGGAAAUAAGAACAUUUAUCCCGAAGUAGACGAAUAGCAACAGAAAGAACGUCGGUUUAGGUGGUGCUUUAAAACUUCUCAUCACUCAGCGGUCCUCACACCUAGGGCCCAAAGCUUCAGCCGGUGUUCCAUAGGACCAAGCGUUGUGACAGACUAUCAGCCUCUGUGCGACAGAAGACACGUACAGAGAUCCAGCAUUUACAGGAGCACAAGCUGAAGAGCAACUAACCAAGCCCUAUGGCAAUAAAUCACACGCCUAAAGUAUCUAGCGGUAACGGAAAGUCCGAUAUAAAUAGUUUUUGAUCAACGCAACACAUUCCUGCUGUCAAAGUGUGCCCUGGGGCUGAGUGAGAGGCAGUUGUCAUGGUGGACUGGUUUGUCUAAAGCCUCAAGCUAGCGGAGCUUCCAAGUUUCAUAUAGCAUGUUAGCAUAUGGAUAGCAACGUAUGGUGACUGACCAGGCUAUUACCUCUUCCCCUCCAUCACCAUCUCUGGCCCCUGCAAGGGGGUUUAAAACUAGUUGCUAGUGGUACCCCCUUACCCCAUCAUCUUGUUCACCUCUUUCAUUAAGUCAUCUAAACACCCCACCCAACAAUCAUCAGCUUUUGCUUUUUACACUUUCACCAGCCCAUCUUUUUCAUAGUACUAAGCAUACUUCAUACUUUACGAAUUCAUCUCACAUCUGUCCCAGUUCAUCUUAAACAUUUUUUCCCACGUUUUGUCCCAGUGUAGGAAAUCCUAACAUUUGACUGUCGAGCUGCUAGACAGUCGUUUUGGUAGUAGUUGUGGUUGCAUGGAAUCGGCUUAACCGUGGAGAGGCCAGGCUACCACAAACUGAUGGACUUUGACAAGCGAGGAGUGGGGGGAGGUGGAGGAGGAGGUGGUGGAGGAGGUGGUGGAGGAGGAGGUGGAGGAGGAGGAGGUGGAGCGAAGGGGGAGGCAGAGGAGGGGAAGAGGAUGCCCGGGAAGACAGGGAGUCGAUCGGGGCACGGAAGCCGGGGCACCAGCUCCAACUCCGGGGUUCUGAUGGUCGGACCAAAUUUCCGGGUCGGGAAGAAGAUCGGCUGUGGGAACUUUGGAGAGCUGCGACUUGGGAAGAACCUGUACACCAACGAAUAUGUGGCUAUCAAACUGGAGCCCAUCAAGUCCCGGGCGCCACAGCUUCACCUAGAAUAUCGCUUCUACAAACAGCUGGGGAGUUCAGAGGGUGUGCCCCAGGUAUUUUACUUUGGACCGUGUGGUAAAUACAACGCCAUGGUUCUGGAGCUGCUGGGACCCAGCCUAGAAGAUCUGUUUGACCUCUGUGACCGGACCUUCUCUCUGAAAACUGUCCUCAUGAUAGCUAUACAGCUGAUCACUCGCAUGGAGUUUGUCCACACCAGAAGCUUGAUCUAUCGGGACGUAAAGCCUGAGAACUUCCUGGUGGGCCGACCGGGCUCCAAACGGCAACACACCAUCCACAUCAUAGACUUCGGCCUGGCCAAGGAAUACAUAGACCCAGAGACGAAGAAACACAUCCCAUACAGAGAGCACAAGAGUCUGACUGGAACGGCUAGAUACAUGAGCAUCAAUACACAUCUGGGGAAAGAGCAAAGCCGGCGGGAUGAUUUAGAAGCUCUAGGUCACAUGUUCAUGUACUUCCUGCGAGGCAGCCUACCCUGGCAGGGCCUCAAGGCUGACACUCUGAAAGAACGUUAUCAGAAGAUAGGAGACACAAAGAGAGACACACCUAUAGAGGUCCUCUGUGAAAACUUCCCAGAAGAGAUGGCCACCUACCUGCGGUACGUGCGUCGACUGGACUUCUUCGAGAAGCCAGAUUACGACUACCUGAGGAAACUCUUCACAGACCUCUUCGACAGGAACGGAUACAUCUUUGACUACCAGUACGACUGGACUGGGAAGCCUCUGCCCACUCCUAUUGGUCCAGUGGCCAGUGAGACUCCACUUCAAACGAGUAGCCGAGAGAAGGCACCGCAGACCAAAAACCAGUCUCCAGAGGGGAAAGGCAGUGAGUCGCAGCCCACUCCAGUGACCAAUCGAGAGCUGCUGGGCUCCCAUCUCACUGCUGAUAGGCUGGGCGGGUCCGUCCAGGUGAUGAGUUCAACCAAUGGGGAGCUGAAUACAGACGACCCCACUGCAGGACACUCCAACGCACCAAUCACAGCCAACGCAGAGGUGGAAGUGGCUGAUGAUACCAAGUGCUGCUGUUUCUUCAAGAGGAGGAAGAGGAAAGCUCUCCAGAGACACAAAUGAAGACGAGAGAGAAGACCUGCUCUCUGUUCUCUCUUUCUCUCUCUCUCUCUUUCUCUAGCCCUCUUCAUAUAACCCCCCCCCCCCCCCCCCCCUCUCUCUGCCCUUCCCCCUCAGCUGUGGGAGGUCCUGUAGUUUACUCUGGGUCGGCUGGACCACCGGCAGCAGGUCCUGUCUGCUCGGCUCCUCUGGAGGGAGCAGACGGACGCAGUUUUCCUCGGAGCUUUAAUUGUGGACCGGCUGGAGCCUUCAUGUAUUUAUGGUCACAGACUGAACUGAAACUGGAUCAACACACACACCACAGGAGUACAGGUGACCACAGACAGUUGGUGGACUGCAAGAUGCGAGCUGAUUGGCUGACAGGCUGGAUCAGCUGGCAGACUGGCUCUUCUUUUUGUUUUUUGUUUUUUUUCUUCCUUACUGACUGGUUCAGAGGAGAGAGAAUGUAUUUCUGAGGAGAUACAGAUGAGAGGACAAUACAAGGAUGGGAAGCAAUGAGACUGUCAGAUCACACACACACACACACACACACACACACACACACACACACACACACACACACACACACGCACACACAAGCUGCACACUUUCUCGAGCUCAUCAUAAAGAGACUUCUUGGACAAUACGAUGCAGCUCUCGCACAUAGUCUAUAAAGUUUUUAUUCUCUAGGGUCUAAGGAAGUAGAGUGGCUCGGUCUAUAUCCUGCAACGGACUGGGCUCUAUGUUCUUCUCGGACACGUUCACCCUCAGAGGAAACCUCACAACCACCAGAAACAAAAGUUUAAAAAGAUGUUUAUGUGAAAACUAUGCUUUUUGCUGUUUUAAUUUGUAACUAAAAAGACUGUCUAAGAUUUGGAACCUGUGUUCUUUUCUGUCUUUCUGAGUUCAACACGUUUAUGUUUUGUAGCUUGGAGAGUGUUCCUCAAAAUGUUUUUUUUUAAUAACUUGUAUUUUUAAUUUUCUGUUUUUUUCUUUUCCUCUUUCUCUCUGGGUUGGAGGAUGGAAAGUUGGAUAACUCCAUUAAAAACAACCAAAAAAAUAAAAGCUGAUCUUUAUUUAAGGGAA